GUUAUUCAACCUAUUGAUUCACAAAUUUUUCUACUUCAUUUUGAGCAUAGUAGAAUUCAAAUUCCAUCUCUUGGGACAAAAGGUGUUGUUGGGAUGAAAGGUGUUGUUGGGACGAAAGAUGUUGGGAUGAAAGGUGUUGGGACAGAAGGUGUUGAGAUAGAAGGUGUUGUUGGGACGGAAAGUGUUGUUGGGACGGUUGAGAUAAAAAGGAUUGCUGAAACAAACCAAGACCUCUUGCCUCAACAAUACUUUUUAACCGAACAAGACCCUUUACCUCACUAUUACUAA